GUGGAAGCGGACGAGCCGUGGAGGAGCAAAUCAAAAUGGCGAGCCAAGAGGAGUCCGUGAGGGAGUUCGUCGCUGUUACUGAUGUCGAUGAGGAGAGGGCCCGGUUUUUCCUGGAGUCUGCCGGCUGGAAUUUGCAGCUCGCACUCGCCAGUUUCUUUGAGGAUGGAGCUGAUGACGACAUAGUGACUCUGCCUCCACCUGAGGGAGGCUCCUCAGUGUCCCGGUCUGCAGGGCCAAGCACUCAGCCCAGAGUGACCUCCUUCAGAGAUCUGAUGCAUGAGGCAGAGGAGGAGAGUGAUGAGGAGGAAGGCCAAAGGUUUUUUGCGGGGGGAUCAGAGCGCAGUGGGCAGCAGAUCGUUGGGCCUCCCAAGAAGAAGAGCCCCAAUGAAGUGGUGGAGGAUUUGUUCAAGGGGGCCAGGGAACAUGGAGCUGUGCCUCUGGACCGGGGUGGAAGAGGACCUGGAGAGCCCAGCAAAGCCAAGGCCUUCCUCGGUGGAGGCUACAGGUUAGGCGCAGCUCCCGAGGAGGAGUCCGCCUAUGUGGCUGGAGAGAGGCGUGCCACCAACAGCCAGCAGGAUGUGAACGUGGUGCUAAAGCUGUGGAAGACCGGUUUCAGUCUGGAUAACGGUGAACUCAGAAACUACAACGAUCCUAACAAUGCCAAUUUCCUUGAGGCAAUCAGAAGAGGGGAGAUUCCCCUGGAGUUGAGGCAGCGGUCUCGAGGAGGCCAGGUCAAUCUAGACAUGGAGGACCACAGGGAUGAGGACUUCAGCAAACCGAGGACGGCCUUCAAGGCUUUUGGAGGUGAAGGACAGAAGUUAGGAAGUGCCACCCCAGAGUUGGUUUCAGCUCCAGCCACAACCCAGCAGGACCAGGCUGCCAACGAGGCCCAAGCCAGCGCCUCUGUGAGCCUCGACCCCUCCCAACCUGUCACUAACAUUCAGAUCCGACUGGCCGACGGCAGCCGGCUGGUCCAGAGGUUCAAUCAUACUCACAGGGUGUCCGACCUGCGCCAAUUUGUGGUGGCGGCCCGGCCCGCCAUGGCUCCCAGAGAGUUUGUUCUCAUGACCACCUUCCCCAACAAGGAGCUGUCGGACGAGAGCCAGACGCUGCAGCAGGCCAAUCUCCUCAACGCUGUCAUCGUCCAGCUGCUAAAGUGAGGGGGGGGGGAGAGAAAGAGCAACCCCCUGCUGGUGUGGCUGAGUAACUGCAGCCCUGUGAAACCUGCUGCCCCUUCUGAGGGAGGAGAAAACACAGACUUAUGUAUGGACUUCUAAUUUCUGAUCUUUGUUUUUCUAAAGUGAAACAUAACAUUCUGCUACCAAGACACCCCCCCCACACACACACACAUACACAUACACAUACACACACCCUACCCCCCCCCGGUCUGUGACGGGCGGUAAUGAGGGGGGAAACUAAAAAUCUUCCAGAAUGGAGUUAAUUUAAGAGCUGUUGGAAAGCGUGGUUUUGAUGGGGAUAUGUUUACCUGAUAGCAGUAGAUGGUUUAACCCAAAAACUCUUUCUGGAGCGCAGUGUGGUUGCACAGAUGUUAACUAAACCUGGUUCCGUUUAUCUUUAACUUUCACCCCACUUUUCCUCUUCUGUUAAGCUGGCCCUUCAGCCAUGUUCACUAUCAGGUGCUGGGGCCUCACCGGUUUCAUGCAGAGGCAGACUCCUAGUUUGUUUCUGUCUCAACAGCACAAACAAGAACCACAUAAGGAAUAUAGUCUUAAGGUAAAAGUACAUGUUGAUAGCAUGGCUUUGUACAUGUUUCCGUUUCUCUCCCCAUAUUCUUUUUGGAGAGAGAAGUGUAAUGAUGUAACAAAACGCUGAGGGUUUUAUUCUCUCCAAACCAACCUACCCAGUAGCCUUACGCUCCUUUUAUUCACCUCCAGGACCACACCUCCUGUCCCUUUUUGUUCAAAUGAAGAUGGAAUUAUUUUUUUAAACUGCCCUUUUUCCUCUUUCUUUUUCCCUUUACAGAUUGUGCCAGUUAGACAGGCAGAGGCAUUUUGAUAAUGUGUAACAUGAAAAAGAGUUACACUUGGCUUUAUUAUCAAACCAAUGGUUGAGCAAAAGAAGAUAUUGUAAACACUGGUUUGUAGUAGUGGAAGUGAAAUUCCUAUGACACACUGACAUCUUCUAUGCAUCCUGGGGCAACACAGAAAUAUGUUUGGACCUCUGGUAAAAUAAAUCCAUUUUAUGGUUGAUGUAUAAAGAA